AUGGAAUAUCAGAAACAAGCUAUUAAAUUACCAGUUAUAAACUUUGAUAUAAUUACGUUAAAAAGUGGUGAUGGUUUUAAAGAAAAACGUCACGUAUCUAAUUUGGAUGAGGACUUCCAAAUAUCAUUCAAACGUAUCUCAAAACUAGACAUGAAACCAGCAGUUGUUUUAUGUGUUCAAGUUGAUGAACUUAUCAGUGACAAUCCAGCUAAAAUAAAAAAAACUGUGCCAACUUGUAUAAAAAUUGCAAGUAAGAAACCAACGAAGCUCUCUGACGAGCCUGUGGUAAAACCAUUAUAUCUGAAAACUAAAAAACAAUUGGGGUCCAAAUUGAAAAGUAAAGCCACGGAUGUUGAAAAAGCUGGUAUCAAUAAUAAUAAAUUUGAUGUUAGUACUUCUGAUAUUUUUAAUAAAAUGGAACAAGUUGACGAUUUCGAAAAAGUUGAUGAUAAUAUUAAACUUGAUGUUGGUGAUUUUGAUGAUCUUGUUAGUGGAUUGAAUCAAGUUAGAGACUUUAAUGAUGAUGUCGGUGAACUCAAUCCAGUUGAAGACGUUAAAAAAGCUGAUGAUAAUAAUGAUAAGCUUGAUAUUGAUACAUCAGAUAUUAUUAACGAUACAAAACAAGUUCACGAUGAUAUCAAAAAUGAUAAACUUGUUAUUGGUACUGUUGGUGAUAUUAAACAAGUUGAAGAUUUAAAAAAGGCUGAUUACCAUAUUGAAGUUGAUGUUGAUAAUUUAGAUGAUGAUGUUGGUGGAUUAAAUCAAGUCAAAGACGUUAAAAAAGCUGAUGAUAAUGGUGAGCUUGAUAUUGUAAAUGACGUUAAAAAAGCUAAUAUCAAUAAUAAUAAACUUGAUAUUGAUACUUCCGCUAUCAUAAAUAGAAUAAAACAAGUUCCUGAUGUUAAACAAGUUGAUAAUGAUAAUAAUAAACUUGAUAUUGAUGAUGAUGUUGGUGGAUUAAAACAGGUUAAAGACGUGAAAAAAGCUGAUGAUAACGGUGAGCUUGAUAUUGGUAAUGUUGCUGAUAUAGAACAAGUUGAAGAUUUAAAAAAGGCUGAUUAUCAUAUUGAGCUUGAUGUUGAUAAUUCGGAUGAUGAUGUUGGUGGAUUAAAUCAAUUUAAAGACGUUGAAAAAGCUGAUGAUAAUAAUGACGAUCUUAACCAAGCUGAGAAUAAUAAUGAUAACUUCGAUAUUGGUACUGCUGAUGCUGUUGAAAUGAAAGAAGUUGAAGAUAACAUAAAGGAUGAUGAUAAUAACAACAAACUUGAUGAAAAUAGAGCUGAACAUCCUAAAAAAUAUAAUAAACGGGUUUCGAUUUACCUAAACGUACAACCCGUGCAUCUUCAAAAAAAAAAAUGUAAUUGA